UGCUACCUUCUGUAAUGGGACAUCCUCCUCUAGAAUUACAUUUGCUCAACAGUAGAUGUCGAUACCAAUAUUAUUUUUCGAAUUUUGGAAAGAGCAGUAGACAUGGCUCAGAUGUCACAGCGAUACAAACCACGGCCAUGGCCACUUUGAGAUGAAGAAAUUGUCACACUUUUGUAUGAAUCGGAUGCUGAAAAUGAUCCUGAAGUUGAGGACCUUGUGGAAGAUUCUACAGAUGAAGAUUACCAACCUGUCGCUAAUGUGGAGAGUGACAGCUCCGAGACUGAAGAUGAAGUUGCUGAACCAGGACCAAGUGGUAAUAUGAACAAUGCUAGAGAAGGACGUACCCUGGGUAAAAAAAGAACUGCACCUUCUGUAAGUGGACCAAUACAGAAUCAACGUAGAAGAGGAGAACGAAGUGAGGGUUCACUUCCAGAACCUGGCUCAAAACUCCUAGGGAAGGACGGGAUCACAGAGUGGACUGUAGCAGACUUCGGUGUUACUACUCCAGGUAGGAUAGGUUAACAGAAUAUAUUGAAAGAAACACGGGGACCUACUCCGCACGCAAAGCGGCACAUCUCAAAUGAUAAUGUUUCGAGUGCCUGGCGCCUUUUUGUUGAUCAAUCAAUGUUGAAACACAUAAAGAAAUGCACAGAAGCAGAGGCACAACGGCUUCUUGGAAAUGAUUCCUGGAGUUUGCAUUUAGAAGAAUUAGAUGCAUUUGUUGCUUUAUUAUAUGUUCGUGGUGCACUAGGUGCCAGAUGUAUUGAAGUAGAUGAGUUGUGGUCGAAAAAGUGGGGAGCCCCAUUUUUCACUGACACAAAGAGCAGAAACAGGUUUCGAAAAAUUUUGAAAUAUCUGUGUUUUGAUGAAAAAAAUACACGGUCGGAAUGUUUGAAAAGUGACAAAUUUGCACUUAUAUCAACUACUUGGAACCAUUUUAUAGAAAACUGUCAGUUGAAUUACAUACCUGGAUCAAAUGUCACUGUGGACAAACAACUUUUCCCCAGCAGAACCAGGUGUCCAUAUUUGGAAUAUAUGCCGAAUAAGCCUGAUAAAUUCGGAAUCAAAUUCUGGCUUCUAGCGGAUGUAGAAACAAAAUAUCUUUGUAAUGGGUUCCCUUAUGUAGGAAAGAACAAACAGAGGGCACCUAAUGGGAAACUUCCAGAACAAGUAGUAAUGAAGUUGGUAGCUCCAUAUCGCAAUAAGGGGCAAAAUGUGACUACCGAUAAUUUUUUCACUACGGUCACACUUGGGGAGAGACUGGUAAAAGAGAAAACUAGUCUUGUCGGCACUAUCAACCAUGCAAGAAAAGAAAUUCCGAACACUAUAAAAAAAAAUGAAAACUCCUCUUUAUACGUCUGUUCUCUUGAAAAGGAAAGGUGGUAAUCUGACUGUUUACCAGGGGAAAAAGAACAAAAAUGUUCUUCUGUAUAGCACCAUGCACACACAAAAUUUGCUGUAGAUGUCUUGGACCAGAUGACGAGGAAAUAUUCUGUCCGCUCUGGUACUCGUCGAUGACCUGUACACGUAUUUCACAAUAUCCUUGAUUUAGCAGCCAUCAAUGCAUGGAUCAUUUUCAAGCUAGUAACAGGGAUCAAAAUAAGUAGGAGGAAUUUCAUCCUAAAUCUAGCAGAAGAAUUACUUAGAGCCUAUAUGGAAACCAGAAAUCAGGAAAGGAUGCCAAGGGAUGAAAAAGAAAAGGAGGAAAAGGACGAUGGUGAUGAAGACAGAGAAGAAGUGGAAAUUCCUGCGAAAGUAAGAAAACUAUACCAAACGAGGAAAUGCAGAAACAAGGCAAAUGAAGUCUGCAGUAAAUGCAAGAGAUAUGUUUGUGGGACAUGUACAUAUAAAGUAAUAAAGACAGUAGUUUGUAAUGCUUGUAAAUAGGAUUAGGUACUAUACAUGGUCGUAUUUUAUG